UACUACUACUGUUAUUGCUGUUGCUACUACUGUUAUUAUUACUACCACUACUACUACCAUUUAAUAGUGACAGGUACUAAGUGCUUACUAAGUGACAGGUACUCUGCCAGGCACUUCACAUGCUUUAUCUCUAAUCCUCACAACAGUCUGUGGCCAUACUACCCUGAAUACACAUAUCUCAUCUAAUCCUCAUAGCAGUUCCAAGUAGUGAGUAGUAGUAUCCCCUUUUCUUAGAUAAGCAAACUGAGUCAUGGCAAAGUUAAGUGAGUUAUCCAAUAGCUACAAUAAGUAUCAGAGCUGGUAUUUGAAUCUUUGUAUGUCUGACUCCCAAACCUGUGAUCAACACAAAUCAUGCAUCUUUUACUGGGACCACUGACACCAAUAUACUUUAUAAUGCAUUUAACAAUACUUUAUACAUAUUUGUUCACUGGGAAGCCAGUAGGCUUGAAUCAGUGGUGAAUUAAUCUGACCCUAGCUUGCCUAUAUAAAAAUGCUACCAGUUAGCAAUAAUAUAAUGAAAUUUGAAUAUUUGAAUGGUAACAGCUAAAAAUUUUUUAAAUAUGUUUACCAGUUUUUAAAUAAUUCUACAACUAGGCAUCCCUCCUUUUAAAAAUGUAUGAAUAUAAUUAUAAAAUGAAUACUGCUUUUUUAGUAAUUAAUAGAACAAGGAAACAGAAAUAAAUCAGUAGGGAUAUAAAAGCCCUAAAAAUACUAGCAAUCAAAAUGACCUAAUUGAUAUUUAUAGAAACAGAACACACAUUCUUUUCGUAUACCCAUGAAACAUUCACCAAGAGAGACCAUCCUGGUGGAACUGGAGGUCAUUAUGCUAACAGAAAUAAGCCAGGCACAGAAAGACAAACAUUGCAUGUUCUCACUUAUAUGUGGAAUCUAAAAAUCAAAACAGUUGAACUCACCGACAUAGAGAGCAGAAAGAUUGUUACCAGAGGCUGGGAAGGAGAGUAGAGGGGCAGUUUCAGCGGGAGGCAGGGAAUGGCUAAUGGGUAAAAAAAAGAAAGAGUGAAUAAAAUCUAGUAUUUGAUAGCACAACAGGGUGACUACAGUCAAUAAUAACUUAAUUGUACAUUUUUAAAUAACUUAAAGAGUAUAAUUGGAUUGUUUGUAACAUAAAGGAUAAAUACUUGAGGGGAUGGAUAACCCAUUUUCCAUGACAUGAUUAUUACGCAUUGCAUGCCUGUAUCAAAACAUCUCAUGUAGCCUUUGGCUCUGUGAGCAGCACCAUGGCUGUUGGCAAGGACAAGCACCUUAUGAAAGGUAGCAAAAAGGGAGCCAAAAAUAAAGUGGUUGAUCCAUUUUCUAAGAAAGAUUGGUGUGAUGUAAAAGCACUUGCUAUGUUCAAUAUAAGAAAUAUUGGAGAGACGCUAGUCACCAGGACUCAAGGAACCAAAAUUGCAUCUAAUAGCCUCAGGGGUCGUGUGUUUGAAGUGAGUCUUGCUGAUCUGCAGAAUGAUGAAGUUGCAUUUAGAAAAUUCAAGCUGAUGCUGAAGAUGUUCAGGACAAAAACUGACUAACUUCCAGGGCAUAGAUUUACCCGUGACAAAAUGUGUUCCAUUGUCAAAAAAUGGCAGACCAUGAUUGAACCUCACACUGAUGUCAAGACUACCGAUGAUUAUUUGUUUCAUCUAUUCUGUGUUGAUUUUACUAAAAAGCACAACAAUCUAACACAGAAGGCCUCUCAU